AUGCCGGCUGAUAUUAGAAACUUCUUUGGUGGCAAGUCGAGUCAAGGCUCAAGCUCGUCGCCUGCGAAACCACCUGCGAAGAAAGAGACCCCAGCUCGGAACAAGCGAACCAGGAAGGUUGUCGACGACAGUGACGAUGACGAGGUUGUGGUAACCGAGGCCCCAAUCCCAAAUGCUAAACCCCCGAGCAAACAGAAACCCGAAGCACCACAAGGAGAACCAACAACGACUUCGGACUAUUUCUCGUCAAGCAAAAAGAGAGGGAGGCCGUCUAAGACCGCUGGCGAAGCUGCGAAUAAAGCCAACCAGCCAUCCAAGAGUGGUCCUACAAAAACGGAGAAUACACAAAAUACCAAGGAGCUUACAGAACGUUCAAAAGCCAACUCACGCCGUGACGCGAAACCAGCCCCUGCGCUUCUCGACGACGAAAAACUGGGCGAUGAUGAUAUCUUUGCAACCGAGUAUAACAAACCGGGGAAAGGUGGUGAUGAUUACAAGGAGGAAGAUGAAGACGAGAGUGAUGCUUUUGACCUUCCGGUGAAACCUGCCAAAAGUGCUCGAGGCCGACCAGCCCCUAAAAAACCGUCCGCUCUGGAUGAAUCUGACGACGACGUGGUUAUGGAGGAUGUGCCCCGAAAGCCGACGAGCGCAGCGAAAUCUGCACCCCCCCAAAAGCAACGGAAACGAAAAUCCGAAGCCAUUGACAAGGACGACGCUGAAUUCCAAGUCUCACCCAAGAAAGCUGAGGCCGCUGCGAAACCAAAGAAGCCAAGAGCGUCGACUGUAAAACCAAAUCAGUCGGAAAGCAAAGAAAUUCAGGACAUUUUCGACAGCAUCCCGACGAUAAGGCCUCCCUCGCCUCCGGCAGGAUCCGACGAGAAGAAAAAAUUUCCUUUCGGAGGAAGGUCACGGUCUCCUGUUUCGGGGAGCGCGACAAUCCCUGCGGGAGCAGACAAUUGUCUUGCAGGACUCUCGUUUGUCUUCACCGGUGUUCUUGACACUCUCGGACGUGAGGAAGGCCAGGCCCUAGUGAAGAAAUACGGUGGCAAAGUUACGACAGGCCCUAGCAGCAAAACUAGUUACGUUGUUCUAGGAAGUGAUGCAGGGCCGAAGAAGCUUGAGACUAUCCAGAAGAACAAGUUGAAAACCAUCAAUGAAGAGGGAUUAUUCGAACUCAUUCGCCGUCUUCCCGCAAAUGGUGGUGAUGGAAAAGCGGCCGAAAAGUACGAAGCCAAGAAGAAAGCUGACGAAGAAAAGGUCCGACAGAUGGCCGCUGAGAUUGAUAAGGAAGAAAAACGCAAAGCGGCAGCAAAACUUAAAGCAAACAAAAGCCCAAAUGAUACGAAGGAUAUCAAGGAUAUCAAGGGCUCCCAGGAAACCAAGGAGAUCAAGGUUGAUGACCUCCUUUGGACCUCAAAAUACGCGCCAACAUCCUUGAAUAUGAUAUGCGGCAAUAAGGGUGCAGUUGACAAGCUGCAAGGCUGGCUUAGAGACUGGCGGAAGAACGCUAAGGCCAACUUCGCGAAACCAGGCAAAGAUGGUUUUGGGACUUAUCGCUCAGUUAUGGUUCAUGGACCUCCCGGAAUUGGCAAAACCACCGCGGCACAUCUGGUAGCGAAUCUUGAAGGUUACGAUGUUGUGGAAUCGAAUGCAAGUGACACAAGAAGUAAGAAACUUGUCGAGACUGGUCUUUUAGGCGUCCUCGACACUACUUCCUUACAAGGCUACUUUUCGACAUCUGAAGAUAAGGUCGAGAGUAAGAAAAAGAAUCUCGUCCUAAUCAUGGAUGAGGUGGAUGGAAUGUCUGCUGGUGAUCGAGGUGGCGUUGGAGCGUUGGCCGCCAUCGCAAAGAAGACACAGAUUCCUCUCAUUCUCAUCUGCAAUGAGCGGCGACUUCCGAAAAUGAAGCCCUUUGACCAUGUUACGUUUGAUAUUCCUUUCAGACGACCCACUGUCGAGCAAAUUCGAGCACGGCUUUUGACCAUCUGCUUUCGAGAGGGAAUGAAAAUUCCACCGCAGGUUCUAGAUAGCCUGAUAGAGGGAACGCAUGCAGAUAUUCGACAGGUGAUAAACAUGCUUUCGGCUGUCAGAAUAGACCAGAACGGUCUUGAUUACGACAAAGGGAAACAGAUGUCGAAGGCUUGGGAGAAACACAUAAUUUUGAAGCCAUGGGAUAUUGUUGGGAAAAUUUUGAGCCCGCAAAUGUUCUCUCCAAGUUCCACCGCCUCACUUAACGACAAGACUGAACUGUAUUUCAAUGAUCAUGAGUUCAGCUACUUGAUGCUCCAAGAAAAUUAUCUGAGGACGAGACCGACACGCGCCAGCAACCUCCAGGGCAAAGAGCAUAAGCUGAAACUCCUAGAAUUAGCUGACAAUGCGGCAUCAAGUAUUAGCGACGGUGACCUUGUCGACAAGAUGAUCCAUGGUAGCCAGCAACAAUGGAGCCUGAUGCCAACACACGCUAUGUUCAGUUUUGUGCGGCCUGCUAGCUUUACCUACGGAAAUAUGAUGGAACGCCCUGGCUUUACUAGCUGGUUGGGGCAGAAUAGUAAACAAGGGAAACUUUCGCGGUAUGUCAAAGAAAUCCAAGGACGCAUGCGCCUUCGCGCUUCCGGAGAUCGCCAUGAGGUUCGACAACAGUACAUACCGCUCUUGUGGGACAAACUUAUCAAGCGAUUGAUGGAUGACGGUAAGGACGGCGUUGAAGAUGUGAUUGAGUGCAUGGACAGUUAUUUCCUGACUCGGGAUGACUGGGAUGCGCUGGUUGAACUUGGACUUGGGCCAAUGGAUGAGUCCAAAGUCAAGUUGGAGACGCAGACCAAAGCUACAUUUACACGUCUUUACAAUCAGCGCUCACACCCUCUUCCGUAUAUGAAGGCCAGUAACGUUCUCGCGCCGAAGAAGCCGGAGAAGGAGAAGCCUGAUAUUGAGGAUGCGAUCGACGAGUCGGACGACGAAGAGGUCGUUGCAGACGAGUCUAAAGCUGAUGACGAGAACGAGGAGAUCGAUCUUAAGAGGGAUAAACUUAUUCGCAUGCCCAAGAAGUCUGCAAAGAAAGGCACGGCAAAGGCCGGCGCUGCAAAAGGCAAGGGGAAAUCAAAGAAGGCAAGCGAAGAUGAUUUUAUAGAUGAUGGUGACGAUGAACCGAAGGCAAAGAAAGCGCGAGGCCGAAAACCCAAGGCAAAAGCGUGA